GCUGCUGUUGGAGCUCCACAGAGCAGCAGCUCUCUCAGUCGAAGCUCUCAGUCGAAGCUCCACAUACAACACCAGCAGUCACCGCCGCAGCGAAUGGAGGCGAACGGGUGGAGGAGACAUCACUAAGGAAUUGUUUCACUAUCAAACACAUCUUUCCCUCUUUCCGAGGAGGAUUUUAACCGCUUACGGGAGAAGAAACGCCAUAUUACAUCUUAAAAACCGCUUCCCUUUUUGUCCCCCUUUCUGAACACAUCGAUCGCCUGUCAUUUAAAAAAAAAAAAAAAAAGGGCGUGUGUGUGAGCGGGGCGAAGGCUAGUUUUAACCAUUUAAUGUGGGUAUUUUAGCUCUUUUUUUUACACCGUCUGGGGUCUGAAGGAUCGAAGAUGGGAUGCACGCUGAGCACCGAGGACAAGGCGGCGGUGGAGCGCAGUAAAAUGAUCGACAGGAACCUGCGGGACGACGGAGAGAAGGCGGCCAGGGAGGUCAAGCUGCUGCUGCUCGGUGCUGGUGAAUCAGGGAAAAGUACAAUCGUCAAGCAGAUGAAGAUCAUCCACGAGGCCGGCUACUCAGAAGAGGAAUGUAAGCAGUACAAGGCUGUGGUCUACAGCAACACUAUCCAGUCCAUCAUUGCCAUCAUCAGAGCCAUGGGGCGCCUCAAGAUCGACUUCGGAGAUGCCGCAAGAGCUGACGACGCACGGCAGCUGUUUGUGCUGGCGGGCUCAGCGGAGGAAGGCUUCAUGACGGGAGAGCUGGCCGGUGUCAUUAAGCGGCUGUGGAAGGACGGAGGUGUUCAAGCCUGCUUCAGCCGCUCCCGCGAAUAUCAGCUCAAUGACUCGGCAGCAUACUACUUGAACGAUUUGGACAGGAUAUCCCAGGCCACCUACAUCCCAACUCAGCAGGAUGUCCUGAGGACUCGGGUUAAAACCACGGGCAUUGUGGAGACGCACUUCACAUUCAAGGACCUGCACUUCAAAAUGUUUGAUGUCGGCGGUCAGCGGUCUGAGAGGAAGAAGUGGAUCCAUUGCUUCGAAGGCGUGACCGCCAUCAUCUUCUGCGUGGCCCUCAGCGACUAUGACCUGGUGCUGGCUGAGGACGAGGAGAUGAACCGGAUGCACGAGAGUAUGAAGCUGUUCGACAGCAUCUGCAACAACAAGUGGUUCACAGACACCUCCAUCAUCCUCUUCCUCAACAAGAAGGACCUGUUUGAGGAGAAGAUCAAGAAGAGUCCUCUGACCAUCUGCUACCCAGAAUACGCUGGCUCCAACACGUACGAGGAAGCAGCUGCCUACAUCCAGUGUCAGUUUGAGGACCUGAACAAGAGGAAGGACACCAAGGAGAUUUACACCCACUUCACCUGCGCCACAGACACCAAGAAUGUGCAGUUUGUCUUCGACGCCGUCACCGACGUCAUCAUCAAGAACAACCUGAAAGACUGUGGUCUCUUCUGAGGAGAAUGACGACGAAGAUAACCUUUUUUUCUUGGCAGUGGAGCCAGUUUAUUGUGCAUCUUUGGUGGGGGAAGAUGAGAAGAGUCGGGGAGGAUCAGUCACGGACCAGUGCUGUACUAUAUGCCACUUUUAACAGCUUUAUUUAUGUUUUUGUCUUGGAACAUUUUUGAACUAGCGUUACGACAUUUGUGUAGGAUGUUUGUAUCAUUGUAAAAAACGUCACCGCAGAAAUUUCCGCACACUUUUUUAAAAUUAAAAUUUUUUUGAGGAGGAGAUCAUGUUUUUUGCUGUUCCUUCUGCCGCUGUCUCUGGAAAAGGAAACUUCGCUGUUGGUGGAAAUGCUUCUUUUCUUCCUUCCCCCUUCAAAACCGAAAGGGAAGAAAAGGGGUACGACUUUGAGUCCAGUUUGUUGGUACUUGUGCCUUCGCAUGCCUUUUAUUGCGGUCGUAGUCCCGAUGCUUGUUCUGUUGCCUGCUGAAUUGUUCUAAACAUAAAGAGGUAAACCGUUUUCAUACGUUAGUGUCCCUGCUAUCUUCUAUGUGCACACCACUGAGCUAUCGGGAGGAGGAGGAGGAUUUCCCUCUGGUCUAAAAGGUACAUGGGUCUCCAUGGUGACCAACAUGUAGCCUCCACAGUCCCCUACUCCCAUCCCCCCCACCAAGCCAUGACAAUGGAAGGCCUCGCUGGCCGAUCACGCAGUACAAUACUGAGAUGUAUAUUGUUACAUUUGCCCCGCAGAUCUAGGGGUUCUGGUUUUUAAACUGUACAAAAUAUCCAUUCUUCCCAACCAUUCGGAAAAUGGUAAGUUGAGCUUUAUAAUACGCUCAAGUGUUUAAAAGUACAAAGACCAAGGUUGGCACAUUUUAAUGUAUAUUUUAAUGUAUUUUGGAGGAAAGUUUUUGGUGUUGAGAGGAAAACUGAAUCACAGAAAUAAUGGCUGUAAAGGCGAGGGACGUCUGAAAUGUUUCAAGGUUCAGACGCCAUUCCCUGGGUUGGAUACGAGAUGCAUUCAUGACGCCUUUUCAUUCAGGUGAUGGAAACUAUUAAGAACGGUCAAGGGAGCCUGGUCUGUGAUUUUUAGAUCAGCACUACUUUGCCAAGAAGAGCGAUAUAAAUAUGGUCCUGGAAUCUGUUCAUAUAAAGAAAAACUGCCACAACUGUCAAUGUAUGUGUAUGUUCUCCACGGAUGGAGAAUCUUUGUAGACUCAUCUCCCUUAUUUUGCUAAUAAAAAACCAUUUACAAACCA